GUCCCCGGGAGGCCGUACCUCCGAGAGGCUCGGCGUUGAGCCCGGGUAGGGCAAGGUGGCUGCCCUUUCACCUAGGGUAGAGCCUGGUCGCCUCCGCUCUUCGCCCAAAAGGGGAUGCAGCUCCGGGAAAGUAAGGCCGCCGCGGUUGCGGCUAUAUUAUGUAUAUGUCUUAGAGACGCGAAUCUAUCUCUGCCUUCAAGCUUUCCUGGGCUCUCGUCGCUCCUCCUCCCGACCCGCCCAUCCCAUCUGGGGAUGAGAAGAUUGAGGGUGCAGAGCCCUGUCCUGCAGCGGGGAUUUGCGAGCUCAACCCGGCACCCCACUGAUUACAGGAUUACGUUGGACGAAUAUUUGAGCUUAGUAUUCCCUGUUCACUGUGUGGGGUGGUGGUGGGUCGGCUAGGAAUAGUCUUGAAGGUCUACCUCUGACAUCUCAUUUCAGUAACCUGGCAUCUUCAGGGACAGUUAUCUGCUUUUUAAAGGAGCAAGUGAAUUCAUGGUAUUUUACUUUUUUGGGAAAUACUGGAAAUGAAGACCUGCAACUGUAAUUUGAAAUAAGGAAAACUUUAAUUUUCAGUAUAAAAAUUGCUCAAAUAGAAUUGCCUAAUUUUAAUGACAAAAGGUGAAUUAUAGUUUAAUGUACUACAAGUCCUAAACUACGGAUGGGAACUAUUACAGUUUAUAAUGUCAAAAACUUUCCUUAGACCAAAGGUAUCUUCCGCAAAGUAUAUGGGAGUCCACAUUUAUGUAAGAAAUGAAACUAUAAAAUGUAUAAAUUGCAAAUCAGAAUUGCUGUCGAAAGUUUUACUAUAAUGAAAGAUAUUUUCAUACUCUCAAAACUAUAGAGGAAAGGGGCCAAGAUUAUAGUACCAGUCACAAUCUUUUGAUGAGGACGAAAUGAAUCAGGUAACAGACUGGGUUGACCCAUCAUUUGAUGAUUUUCUAGAGUGUAGAGGCGUCUCUGCUAUUACUGCCACAUCAUUAGGUGUGAAUAACUCAAGUCAUAGAAGAAAAAAUGGGCCUUCUACAUUAGAAAGCAGCAGAUUUCCAGCGAGAAAAAGAGGAAAUCUAUCUUCCUUAGAACAGAUUUAUGGUUUAGAAAAUUCAAAAGAAUAUCUAUCUGAAAAUGAACCAUGGGUGGAUAAAUAUAAACCAGAAACUCAGCAUGAACUUGCUGUGCAUAAAAAGAAAAUCGAAGAAGUCGAAACCUGGUUAAAAGCUCAAGUUCUAGAAAGGCAACCAAAACAGGGUGGAUCUAUUUUAUUAAUAACAGGUCCUCCUGGAUGUGGAAAGACAACGACCUUAAAAAUACUAUCAAAGGAGCAUGGUAUUCAAGUACAAGAGUGGAUUAAUCCAGUUUUACCAGACUUCCAAAAAGAUGAUUUCAAGGGGAUGUUUAAUACUGAAUCAAGCUUCCAUAUGUUUCCCUAUCAGUCUCAGAUAGCAGUUUUCAAAGAGUUUCUACUAAGAGCGACAAAGUAUAACAAGUUACAAAUGCUUGGAGAUGAUCUGAGAACUGAUAAGAAGAUAAUUCUGGUUGAAGAUUUACCUAACCAGUUUUAUCGGGAUUCUCAUACUUUACAUGAAGUUCUAAGGAAGUAUGUGAGGAUUGGUCGAUGUCCUCUUAUAUUUAUAAUCUCAGACAGUCUCAGUGGAGAUAAUAAUCAAAGGUUAUUGUUUCCCAAAGAAAUUCAGGAAGAGUGUUCUAUCUCAAAUAUUAGUUUCAACCCUGUGGCACCAACCAUUAUGAUGAAAUUUCUUAAUCGAAUAGUGACUAUAGAAGCUAACAAGAAUGGAGGAAAAAUUACUGUCCCUGACAAAACUUCUCUAGAGUUGCUCUGUCAAGGAUGUUCUGGUGAUAUCAGAAGUGCAAUAAACAGCCUCCAGUUUUCUUCUUCAAAAGGAGAAAACAACUUACGGCCAAGGAAAAAAGGAAUGUCUUUAAAAUCAGAUGCUGUGCUGUCAAAAUCAAAACGAAGAAAAAAACCUGAUAGGGUUUUUGAAAAUCAAGAGGUCCAAGCUAUUGGUGGCAAAGAUGUUUCUCUGUUUCUCUUCAGAGCUUUGGGGAAAAUUCUAUAUUGUAAAAGAGCAUCUUUAACAGAAUUAGACUCACCUCGGUUGCCCUCUCAUUUAUCAGAAUAUGAACGGGAUACAUUACUUGUUGAACCUGAGGAGGUAGUAGAAAUGUCACACAUGCCUGGAGACUUAUUUAAUUUAUAUCUUCACCAAAACUACAUAGAUUUCUUCAUGGAAAUUGAUGAUAUUGUGAGAGCCAGUGAAUUUCUAAGUUUUGCAGAUAUCCUCAGUGGUGACUGGAAUACACGCUCUUUACUCAGGGAAUAUAGCACAUCUAUAGCUACGAGAGGUGUGAUGCAUUCCAACAAAGCCCGAGGAUAUGCUCAUUGCCAAGGAGGAGGAUCAAGUUUUCGACCCUUGCACAAACCUCAGUGGUUUCUAAUAAAUAAAAAGUAUCGGGAAAAUUGCCUGGCAGCAAAAGCACUUUUUCCUGACUUCUGCCUACCAGCUUUAUGCCUCCAAACUCAGCUAUUGCCAUACCUUGCUCUACUAACCAUUCCAAUGAGAAAUCAAGCUCAGAUUUCUUUUAUCCAAGAUAUUGGAAGGCUCCCUCUGAAGCGACACUUUGGAAGAUUGAAAAUGGAAGCCCUGACUGACAGGGAACAUGGAAUGAUAGACCCUGACAGCGGAGAUGAAGCCCAGCUUAAUGGAGGACAUUCUGCAGAGGAAUCUCUGGGUGAACCCACUCAAGCCACUGCGCCGGAAACCUGGUCUCUUCCUUUGAGUCAGAAUAGUGCCAGUGAACUGCCUGCUAGCCAGCCCCAGCCCUUUUCAGCCAAAGGAGACAUGGAAGAAAACAUAAUAAUAGAAGACUACGAGAGUGAUGGGACAUAGAAGCCAGCCUGCUAAUCAGAUUGCUACUUCACAGCUUCAUUUUUGUUUCAUUCAGUGGUACUUCAGCAGUUAAUAUGCUUUUCUGAUGAAUUACACAACAGUUUGUUAAUUCUUCAUUCUUGUAGUAUUUCAUCACAAGAAACCUACUCUUCUGUCAUCUUGAAGUAAAUAGAAGAUCAAGCCUUCAAAUCUGUUAAUUUUUUCGGUAUUUAUUAAAUCUGUGAGUGGUUUAAGGAGCGGUCAGUGUGUAUAAAGUGUGUUUGAACAUUAUGCCAAAUAUCAAAAUGUGAAGGACUAAUUCAGGAUGCAAAAACGUUAUGGGGGGUUGUAAAUAUCAACUAUUCAACAGUUUAGGAUGCAAUUACGAGUGUAAACUGUGUGCCUUAUUUACACUUUAUUGUCUCCCGCUUCUCAGAUAGUUUUGAUGUGUUGUACAGUGGAAUAUCUUAGAUACUUUUUGGAAAGUAUUUACAUAAGUUAUAUCACAAUUAAAAUGUUGAAUUUAA